GGGAAAAACAGGAUAUCAGGAGAUGUCGGGAAGAUGCUACGUGAGGAUUGAAACAUAUCAAAUGUGUUUAUCACGCUUGCUUAGCCAUAUAUGGUCAUAUUGGGAGACAGCUAGUGAAAACAUGGGGCAAAAGGGUAUAAAAGCAGAGAACCAUGUUCACUUAUCUUUGUCACACAUAUUGCAGGGCUCACUGCUGUAUUGUCUGACCUUCUUGCAAGAAUAAAAUCUCAAGAGACUAUGUCUCUGACCGUGUUCUUUAUUAAAGACAAAAUAUCUUCAACACAAUGCAAGCAAGUGUCAUUUGGUGUGUUUGGUGAGUCAGUGUCAGUGAUGGAGGGAGAUUCUGUUACUCUACACACUGAUGUUACUGAAACAUAUGAAGGCGCUAACAUACUGUGGAAAUUUGGAGCUGAAAAAUCUAUGAUAGCAGAAAUCAGUGGAGUUUAUGGAAUCUUCACAUCUGAUGUUCCUGAUGGGAGAUUCAGAGACAGACUGAAGCUGGACAGUAAAACUGGAUCUCUGACCAUCACAAACAUCACAACUGAACACGCUGGACUCUAUGAAGUACAGAUGAGUGGAAUAACACAGCCAUCAAAUAAAUACAUUUUAAAAAAAAUCAACCAUACAAUUGCUGUCUAUGCUCGUCUGCCCAUGCCUAACAUCACUAGAGAUUUUUCACAAAAUCUAUCGUCCUCAUCAUCCUCAUCAUCAUCAUCACAGCAGAAUUGUUCAUUGUUGUGUUCAGUGGUGAAUGUGAGAAAUGUGACUCUCUCCUGGUACAAAGGAAACAGUUUAUUGUCCAGCAUCAGUGUGUCUGAUCUCAGCAUCAGUCUCUCUCUACCUCUGGAGGUGGAAUAUCAGGAUAAAAACACCUACAGCUGUGUGCUCAACAAUCCCAUCAGCAACCAGACCACACAUCUGGACAUCUGUGAACUUUGUUGGCCGUGUCCAGGUCAGAAGCUACCUUCAUUCAACAUAGGGUUGAUUUCUGCUGCAGCUGCUGGAUCUCUGUUGAUUGUAGCUGCGGUCGUGAUGUGCUGCAUCUCCAAGAAAUGUAGACAAAUUGACAGAAAAGUUCAGACAUGUGAAGAAAUGAUCACUUAUGCUGAGCCAUCGUUCUACAAAAGAAAAGCACAAGCGAAUGUUAAAGAGGAGGACCACGUGGUGUAUGCGCCUGUCACCAUGAGAAGAUGAUCAAACAUUUUAUAAGAACCAGAUCCCGCUGGAUGAUCACUUAAACUUCUGUAUUAAGUUUAGUGUUGAGUUCUGGUGAGAAUCACUACAUGCACCACAUACAACCACAAGACGUUCAUUCAUCUUCAGAAAACAAAUCAAAAUCAGAAUAAGAAUCAGAAUGGGCUUUAUUGCCAGGUAUGUUUACACAUACGAGGAAUUUGUUUUCGUGACAGAAGCUUCCAGUGCAACGGAAUGACAGCGACAGAACAAAAAACACAGAUAGUAAAAAGAUCAAAUGAGGUUAUUUUUAAUGUUCUAUUACCUUUUAUGUCCAUCCAUUAAACGUCUAUUUUGUAGCUUCAAACAGUAAACAAAGACUUGCUUGAUGUGCAGAAAUGAUUGUCAAUAAUUCUUGUACAUCAAGCAUGCAGGUUUAUAUUUGAUGAGCUCUAUGUAUGUGCAUCAGUCAAUGUUUAUAUGUGAAUAAAAGCCCAAUGUCUUAAUAAACUUUUUGAAGCUUGAAGAGAUUGGUUGUGUGGACUUUAAAUAGAUGGACAGAAAAUGAUGAAAAAAACAUUAAACACAACUUCAUGUGUGUUCUGGAGAUGAACAAAAGUUUUAUGGGUUUGGAAUGACGUUAGGGUGAUAUGUGAUGACAAAUUCAUUUUUGGUGAGCUCUGCCUUUGAACUCUAAGUGGAGUUUUCUGCAUGAGAAUGUGUCAACUUCUGGACGUUUGUGGUUGAUGUUUUUUUAUGAGGUGUCUCUGUGUGUCUAUGAAUAGCUUGUGGUUGUAGGUUUUUUCCAUUCCUGCCCUGGAUACUCACAGUUUGACUUCUACUUUACAAAAACAGCUUAAAACACCACUGUUUGUAUUUAUUUCAACAGUUCAAUAAACCGUUAGUAAUUAAAAAAAGUUAAUAUUUACAGUUAAAUAAGUUAAUAUUUACUGACAGAAAACCUACUGGCAAUGUUUUUCAUAAUUGGUAUUGUUCAUCAGUUCAUUCUUACUCAAG